GUAGAACCUCAGUCUGGACGCACCCUUGCUUUUCCAGGCAGCACCAGAAAUGCUAAGGAACUUGCUGACCAUGCCCCAGCUAGUUAGGAGCCUGCGAUUUUCAUUCAGUCACAACCCAAGAAUAGGCAGUGGUUUCUGGAUUCUUUGGUCAAGAAAAAUAGUCCAGGAAACUCGAGGACUCCUGAGGACGGCUCAGAGAACCGUCCAAGGUGAAGGAGGACUUUCUUUCUGAAUCCUUUCAGGGAAAACUUCCUUUUUUGGAAAGCCCUGUGUCAAGAAAGUCUGCACUGUAUUUUACCGCUGUUGUUUAGGAAGAAUGGGGAGCCUUUACUACACCUGGUCCUCAAGAGACAGGAGGAGAGAGCAGAUGCCAGGUCUCAGAGAGAAGGGCAAUGGUUAGGAGAGGGCUGCCACACUGGAGCUCAGAGGACUCAGAUGCUGAAGUUAUCUGCCAGCCAGGCAGCCUCCUUUGUGUCCAGGGGUCCCUCGUCAGGAGGAAUGGGUAGCAGACUUAAGCUCACAGGACCAAGUGAAGGUCAAGCAUCACCAGGUGGACCUUAGAUCUGGCCUGAAGUGCUGAGAACUCGGCUGCUAGGUUAAGCUUCUAGAGGCUGACAGUGCUCUCUCACCAGAGGAAACAGCCAUGGAGCAAGUCCACCAGCCUGCAAGGAUGAAGCACCUUCAAGGCCCCCACUUAAACCAAUGCCCAGGCAAGUCCUGUGACCCCUUGGCUCUUGAGGAAGAGCUGAUGUCUGCUUCCCAAUUGGAGGAGGAGGAAGAAAAUGGAGAGGGGGGAGAGGAGCUGGAUCCAGACCUAGCCCCAGAAGUGGAGGAGGAGGAGGGAGGGGAGCAGGAGGAGAAUGAUCUCGGGGAUCCGGCUGUCCUCAGCGCUGUCCAUAACACCCAGAAGGGUCUUCUUGGCUCCCCUGGAUUCAAGGCCCCUGCUGUGCUGGGGAUGUCACCUGCCUCCUUGCAGUUUCUGUGGCAGGCCCCGGACUACCUGGCACCACUUCCUUUCCGGCCUGCCUUUCCCAGCGCCCGCUCUCCAGCCCGGCACUUUGGACCUCGGCUGCCCUCCCCUGACCCAUCUCUCCUCUGCAGCCCAUCCACCUCCUGGCCCCUUAGGCUCAGUCUUCCCAGUCAUCUGACCCAGCUACACCCUCAGCACCAACGUAUCCUGAAGCAGCAGCAGCAGCAGGAGCAGCUUGGUCGACCACCAAGCCCCUCAGCCACGAAGCCUUGGUCUCAGCAGCCAGACCCCUAUGCUAACCUCAUGACCCGAAAAGAGAAGGACUGGGUGGUAAAAGUGCAGAUGGUUCAGCUGCAGAGUGAGAACCCCUGCCUGGACGACUAUUACUACCAGGAAUAUUAUCAGAAAUUAGAGAAGAAACAGGCAGAUGAAGAGAUACAUGGACGAAGGAACAGGGUUGAGUCCCUCAAGCUGGUCACGCCUUACAUUCAGAAGGCAGAGGCUUAUGAGUCAGUGGUUCGAAUUGAGGGUUCCCUGGGCCAGGUAGCUGUAUCGACGUGUUUUAGCCCUCGCCGAGCUAUUGAUGCUGUGCCCCACGGAACUCAAGAGCAGGAGACAGGAGCUGCAAGCAGUCAGAGGCUUCAGGUACUGGACUGGAUUGAGAAGAUGUUUCUUCAGUUACUAGAGAUAGAAGAGGGCCAGAAGGAUGGGCCCCUACAGCCCUGCGACUCUGAGCAGCACAGCAACCAGGUGGAGAAGCUCUUCCAGGCCUUAAAGACCCACAAGCAGAAUACUCAGGAGGAGGCAGCAGAUGGCUUCCUGCAGGUGCUCUCCGUGAGGAAGGGGAAAGCCCUAGUGGCCCGGCUGCUCCCCUUCCUGCCCCAGGAUCAGGCUGUCAGCCUCCUUCUGACCAUCACCCACCACCUGCCCCUCCUGGUCCGGAGGGAUGUGGCUGAUCAGGCCCUACAAAUGUUAUUCAAACCUCUGGGCAAAUGUAUCAGUCACCUGACCUUCCAUGAGCUCCUCCAAGGGCUUCAGGGACUCAUCCUGCUACCACCUGGCUCCUCGGAGCGGCCAGUCACCGUGGUGCUUCAGAAUCAGUUUGGAAUAUCUUUGCUCUAUGCCCUGCUGAGUCAUGGAGAGCAGCUGAUAUCCCUGGAUUCUUCCCUAGAGGAACACAACCGAGACCGUACAGCUUGGACAGACAUGGUCAUUCUCACUGCCUGGGAGAUAGCCCAAAUGCCCACAGCCUCUCUGGCAGAACCCCUAGCCUUCCCCAGCAACCUUCUUCCCCUGUUCUGUCACCACGUGGACAAACAAUUGGUUCAGCAGCUCGAGGCUAGGAGGGAGCUUGCCUUGAUAUACUGAUCCAAUUGUACUGGAACCCAUACUUAUGGGAAGAGUUUAAUGAUGAGACACUAUCUGUGUAUGGGCUCUGCCUACAAGGAUCCAGAGAGUCUGAAGACAGUUCUUAGUAUAUUGGAGAACUCUUCCCAAUAUAUUUUCUUAUGCUUUCUUCCAGCAUCUAAACUAUGUGCCUAAAAAGGCAUGGCAAAAUGUGGUAUAAUUAAAAAGAUAAUAGAAUGA